GAACGGCUGUUGAGUCUGUUUCUCACAAUCCGAUACCCCACCACGCGGGGGCUUCAAGGGUCCGCCAAAGCUGAGCUUACGACAUACGAGGUCGACAGCCGUUGAGACCCCUUACACCACUCCACCAGCUCGUGCCUCGCACAUUCACUUCCCAAACACCCAAGGGCCCUCAUUCCGCGGUUCGUACAUCUCCACGCCUAUUUCCGAACGCACUUCACACAUUCUUUGCUCGGCCAGGCUGAGACAUCGGCCCUUAUACAAACUCGACCGCACCUUCCCUCCCCGUUCAGCCGCUGCGCGCGCCUUCCCAGUCGGAGAAGCCGGCAAUCACGGCACAGCGACACAGCGACACACAAACGUUUGUAUCUGCAAACAUGGCUUCGAACGGAGCAUCUGGCGCUCACACACCUCAAUCGCAGGCGCAAGUGCAGCCAUGCCGUUACAAGACUGGAAAGACAUUGGGCGCUGGAAGUUACUCGGUGGUCAAGGAGUGCGUGCACAUCGACACGGGGAGAUACUAUGCCGCGAAAGUCAUUAACAAGAGACUCAUGGCAGGGCGAGAGCACAUGGUCAGGAAUGAAAUCGCGGUCUUGAAGAGAGUAUCCAUGGGACACAGGAACAUCUUAACCCUAGUGGACUACUUCGAGACCAUGAACAACUUAUAUCUCGUGACCGAUCUUGCGCUUGGUGGCGAGCUGUUCGACCGCAUCUGCCGAAAGGGCAACUACUAUGAAUCUGACGCAGCAGACUUGAUUCGAGCCACUCUGUCCGCUGUUGCGUAUCUCCAUGACCACGGCAUCGUACACCGGGAUCUGAAGCCUGAGAACCUGCUGUUCCGCACACCAGAAGACAAUGCUGAUCUGCUGAUUGCUGACUUUGGCUUGUCGCGCAUCAUGGACGAAGAGCAGUUCCAUGUUCUUACUACGACCUGCGGAACUCCUGGCUACAUGGCGCCUGAGAUCUUCAGGAAGACUGGCCAUGGCAAGCCUGUCGACAUAUGGGCCAUCGGUGUGAUUACUUACUUCCUCCUCUGCGGCUACACACCAUUCGAUCGCGACUCGAACCUCGAAGAGAUGCAAGCUAUCCUCGUCGCCGACUACUCGUUUACGCCUCUCGAAUACUGGCGCGGCGUCUCGCUUACUGCUCGCGAGUUCAUUCGCCGUUGUUUGACAGUCGAUCCAGCAGCACGAAUGACUUCUCACGAAGCUUUGUCGCAUCCUUGGAUCGCUGACCUCGGCGCGAAACAAGCCGAAGGCGAAGAGGAUCUCCUGCCGACCGUCAAGAAGAACUUCAACGCCAGGCGCACGCUCCACGCUGCCAUCGACACUAUCCGUGCUAUCAACCAGCUGAGAGCCGGCGGUGCAGCUGGCAUGAUGGAUGGUAUCAAGGCGAACGAGCCACGACGCGGCGCACCUCCAGCACCGAAGUUCCCACAGCCUGCAGAAGAGGGCUCUGAUCCUAUGGAGAUCGAUCAUGUUGACAGCAGAGGCAAUGGCCACGGUCAGACCGAGGCUAUGAUCAAAGAGCAAGAGCGCAGGAUUCGGGAGACUCAGCAAGGUCUGUGGAGCAAGCGCUGAGGCUUGAACAUUAUGACUUCCGACUUUUCGAUUCUUUCCUUCCUCUGACUGGUGUGACACGUCUCGCGCGUGCACUUGCCAGAUGUUCGUCGAGUUCUGAGCGCUGGCCUACGACCAUCGAUGCCUUGUGUGUGCACACAGGUUCCAACUAUAUGCCAUUGAAAUUUCAGCACUCUUGUCAUCUCCAAUCACUCAUUUCUGUCGGUUAUACGACCAUACUUACAGGAUACAGAUAUCGCAUUC